AUGAGCGCGAUUGGGGCGGCGGCGACCUUGAUGCCGAUCUCCUUUCUGGCGAACCGCCCGAGAAUUCCUGGCAGUCUUUUUGUGCGAGUGGCGGAUGCCAGCUACAUUCGCGCCUGCUCGUUCCUGUGGCAACGCUUCAGACCGGGCGCCGAGCUCUUCGCCAUCUUCAUCCUUGGCAGAAAUGCCCUUACGGUGCUGUGCCCCUUGAUACCCGCAACCUCGGUGAAGCUUGUGACUAUGAAUAUUCUUCUCUACACCAGCCUGGUCUUGGUUGCGCUUGGCAAGCCGUGGCGCGUGCCAGCCAGCAAUGUGCUGGACAUCAUCUUGCACAUUGGCCUGCUGGUGGUGUUGGAUGUGGCCUCCAUGUUCGAGAGUCCGAACAAAGACACGCUGACGGCGACCAUCAUCUGCCUUGUCUUCCUGCUGAUCAUGCUUUUCGCCAUCGGCGCAGCCAUGAUCUUUGGAUUGAUUCUGCAUAUCGCGCGGCUGCGACGGAAGCCGUGGAAGUUUUUUCUCUCUCACCACAAGAGGGCGGCCGGAGGAAUCGCGCGGCUGUUGAAGAUACAGCUGCAGAAGAGAGGCUCUGGCUACACCACCUUCUUAGACACUGACAACCUUAGCGUUCUCACGGAGCUCUUUUCCUGUGUGAGAGACACCGAAACUUUGGUGGUUCUGGCAACUCCUGGAAUAUUGGCCCGGAAGUGGUGCAUCGGCGAGAUCGUCACUGCGAGGCUGCACAGCAUUCGUACCGUGGUCCUGAGAUGGCCCCAGUACACGGACCCAAACGAGGCAUUCCAGCAGAAUCUCACGUUCGCCAUACCCGGCGUCGAAGCGCUGACUGCCUACAGCAUCUCGCUCGACGAUGUGGCCGAGACGUUGCGAUGGUUCCAGACGGUUGACUCCAUCGCGGUUCCAGGGUCAUGGAGCCUGGAAGUGGUGGGCCACCUCUGCGACACUCUGACCGGGAGGCCCGGGCCCCCCGCAGAGGAGGCCCGAACGCCGGACGUCAUCAUCCUCGCCGACCCUGGCAACCAGGAAGCCGUCGCCACAGCUUACGUGAUUGUCGAGCUGCUCCUGUCAAGCACCGCGGCGCGCUACAAUGCCCCCUUGGUUCUGAAGAAGGGCGAUGGCAUUCCAGAGAACUUCCAGCCCAUGAGGGGCCCGUAA